CCAGGUCGUUUUGACAUCAAUACUGUAUGGUACAUGCAUUGUUCCUCUGGUUAAAUAUCUCAUUUACCUCUUCUAUAUUUCACACUUUGUCUCUGUGCUGGGCUGAAAACGUUCCACAUCUGAUCCCUGAAGACAGCUGAGAUUACGAACAAGAAAAUGGAUUGGAAGCUUAUUCUGACUAUUUUGUGUCUAACAGGCCAAGCCAGCACCACUGACACAAGCACUACAGCACCAGCCUCAAAUGCAACCACAGCAACAAGCACAUCCAACAAUUCAACAACCGUAGCUACAAACACAGCUAUCGCUUCAGCAACCGUAGCUACAAACACAGCUAUCGCUUCAGCAACCGUAGCUACAAACACAACUAUCGCUUCAGCAACCGUAUCUACAAACACAACUAUCGCUUCAGCAACUGUAUCUUCAAACACAACUAUCGCUUCAGCAACCGUAUCUUCAAACACAACUAAUACUUCAACAGCCGUAGCUACAACCACUGCACCACCUUCAGCUUUCUCCUUGAUCUUCAGCAUCAAUGAACCCUUUUCAGCAGACCUGUCUAAUUCAAGCUCUCAACUGUUUAAAGACAAAUCUGCAAAUAUCACUUCACAGGUUGAACCAUUAUACAAGAAAAAGUUUCCAAACUUCAUUCGAAUGAUAAUUAAAUCAUUUAGCAAUGGUUCUAUUGUGACAAAUAGCACGCUCGAAUUCAGUUCUGAUAAUGUUAAUGUGAACAACGUGACAAGCACCCUCCAGCAGGGACUCACCAACUUGACAUUUCCUGUUCUCUCAAACUCCAUCAAUGCCACAACUAUCGCUACAGCAACCGUAGCUCCAAACACAACUAUCGCUACAGCAACCGUAGCUCCAAACACAACUAAUACUUCAACAACCGUAGCUACACCCAUUGUACCACUUUCAGUUUUCUCCUUGAUCUUCAGCAUCAACGAAACCUUUUCAGCAGACCUGUCUAAUUCAAGCUCUCAACUGUUUAAAGACAAAUCUGCAAAUAUCAUUUCACAGGUUGAACCAUUAUACAAGAAAAAGUUUUCAAACUUCAUUCGAAUGAUAAUUAAAUCAUUUAGCAAUGGUUCUAUUGUGACAAAUAGCACGCUCGAAUUCAGUUCUGAUAAUGUUAAUGUGAACAACGUGACAAGCACCCUCCAGCAGGGACUCACCAACUUGACAUUUCCUGUUCUCUCAAACUCCAUCAAUGCCACAACUAUCGCUACAGCAACCGUAGCUCCAAACACAACUAUCGCUACAGCAACCGUAGCUCCAAACACAACUAAUACUUCAACAACCGUAGCUACACCCAUUGUACCACUUUCAGUUUUCUCCUUGAUCUUCAGCAUCAACGAAACCUUUUCAGCAGACCUGUCUAAUUCAAGCUCUCAACUGUUUAAAGACAAAUCUGCAAAUAUCAUUUCACAGGUUGAACCAUUAUACAAGAAAAAGUUUUCAAACUUCAUUCGAAUGAUAAUUAAAUCAUUUAGCAAUGGUUCUAUUGUGACAAAUAGCACGCUCGAAUUCAGUUCUGAUAAUGUUAAUGUGAACAACGUGACAAGCACCCUCCAGCAGGGACUCACCAACUUGACAUUUCCUGUUCUCUCAAACUCCAUCAAUGCCACAACUAUCGCUACAGCAACCGUAGCUACACCCAUUGUACCACUUUCAGUUUUCUCCUUGAUCUUCAGCAUCAAUGAAACCUUUUCAGCAGACCUGUCUAAUUCAAGCUCUCAACUGUUUAAAGACAAAUCUGCAAAUAUCAUUUCACAGGUUGGACCAUUAUACCAGAAAAAGUUUCCAAGCUUCAUUCGAAUGAUAAUUCAAUCAUUUAGCAAUGGUUCUAUUGUGACAAAUAGCACGCUCGAAUUCAAUUCUGAUAAUGUUACUGUGAACAACGUGACAAGCACCCUCCAGGAGGGACUCACCAACUUGACAAUUCCUGUUAUCCAAGGCUCCAUCAAUGCCACAACUAUCGCUACAGCAACCGUAGCUCCAAACACAACUAUCGCUUCAACAACCGUAGCUACAACCACUGCACCACCUUCAGUUUUCUCCUUGAUCUUCAGCAUCAACGAAACCUUUUCAGCAGACCUGUCUAAUUCAAGCUCUCAACUGUUUAAAGACAAAUCUGCAAAUAUCAUUUCACAGGUUGGACCAUUAUACAAGAAAAAGUUUUCAAACUACCGUCAAAUGAUAAUUAAAUCAUUUAGCAAUGGUUCUAUUGUGACAAAUAGCACGCUCGAAUUCAAUUCUGAUAAUGUUACUGUGAACGACGUGAAAAGCACCCUCGUGGAUGGAGCAAAUUCCUUGACAUUUCCUAUUGACCCAAGCUCCAUCAAAGUCACACAAAUCGUUGGUAAUUCAGUUCCAUCAGUGAUUGCCAGCUCAGUCUCCAUGAUGUGGAUGUCUCUUCUAACACUCCUACUCUCAUUUGCCUUGCACAUCUAGCUCUGGACCUGAUCACAAAAUAUACACAAUAAAUUUAUAGAGUGCAUUUUUAUCGAACAAUCUGACAUAUUCUACUCAAAUAAAUAAACACAGAUGUUUUUUUUUAAUUUUCAGCACAAACAGUAACAAGAUUGUUAUUUACAGAUUAAUCUUAAUAUUUACAGAUUAAUUCAUUUAUGAAAUAAAGGUAAUAUGGGCAUUUUAUUCUUAGGAACAUUAUCUUGUUUUAGGAGAAAUAUUAAUAUUCUGAAUUGUUGAAACUGGGGACUUAAUGGGGCGGUGACUUACCUAAGCAUUUCUGCACAUAUGAACAGUCCUUAUGAUUGCUGUCUUUUAUUUAUAACAUUUAAAUGAAUCUGAUCCUUCUUGAACUGCUGUGUAGUAACAGGGUAAAGAGUCUAGUUUCUUACAUCUACCCUUCUGUAUAUCUUGUGUAUAUCAGUGUGCAAUGCAAGAAUAAAUCUUUUAUGAAAUAAACUUCUAUUCAUUAAAACGUU